GGAUUCAGCUACUGCAGGUCACACCAGACGCCCCUCUGCUCUGAAGAGGACCAGGGCAGCUUGGCCCCACCCACUCAGCCGUCUUGAAACGUCCAGAUCCACGUGGUAAACUGUAUGGUCACUCCAGGAACAGAAAGCGCAGGUAACUACCUUUUCUGGAACAUUUGCCAGAUUUAGAAGAUGCUCCCUGGAACAUGGCUGCUCUGGGCCUCUCUCCUGCUCCUGGCCAGGCCUGCCCACCCCUGCCCUGUGGGCUGUGACUGCUUCAUCCAGGAGGUGUUCUGCUCAGAUGAGGAGUUGGCCGCCAUCCCGUCAGACAUCCCACCACAUGCCACAGACAUCGUCUUUGUGGAGACCUCGUUCACCAUGGUGGAAACUAGGGCCUUCAGCAGCAGCCCCAACCUGACCAAGGUGGUCUUCCUCAACACCCAGCUGCGACACUUUGGGCCAGAUGCCUUUGGGGGCCUCCCCAGGCUGGAGGACCUGGAGAUCACGGGCAGCAGCUUCUCCAACCUCAGCACUGAUGUCUUCUCCAAUCUGGCCUCUCUGGGCAAGUUCACUCUCAACUUCAACAUGCUGGAGGCUCUGCCCGAGGGCCUCUUCCUCCACAUGGAAGCCCUGGAGUCCCUGCAGUUGCAGGGGAACCGGCUCCAGACCCUGCCUGAGAGGAUCUUCCAGCCUUUGACAUGUUUGAAAACCCUCAACCUGGCCCAGAACCACCUGGCCCAGCUCCCCCGGGAGCUGUUCCAUCCACUCACCAGCCUGCAGAUGUUGAGGCUGAGCAACAAUGGGCUGUCCAGCCUCCCCCAGGGUGUGUUUGGCAGUCUGGGCAGCCUGCAGGAGCUCUUCCUGGACAGCAACAGGCUCUCAGAGCUGCCCCCAGACGCCUUCUCUCAGCUCUUCUGUCUGGAGCGUCUGUGGCUGCAGCAUAACUCCAUUGGGCACCUGUCACCGACUGUCUUCUCUACUCUGGGCAAUCUGACCUUCUUGAACUUGCAGGGAAACGUCCUGCAGGCACUACCAGCAGGCCUCUUUGCCCACACCCCAUGCCUGGUGGGCCUGUCCCUGUCCCAUAACCAGCUGGAGACUGUUGCUGAGGGUACCUUUGCCCACCUGUCCAACCUGAGCUCCCUCACGCUCUCACACAACGCCAUCACCCACCUCCCAGGCAGCCUCUUCUGGGACCUGGAGAACUUGGUCAAGCUCUAUUUGGGCAGCAACAACCUGACGGCCUUGCACCCUGCCCUCUUCCAGAACCUGUCCAGGCUAGAGCUGCUCAGCCUGUCCAGGAACCAGCUGACCACGCUGCCGGAGGGCAUCUUUGACACUAACUACAACCUGUUUAACGUGGCCCUGCACAAUAACCCCUGGCACUGUGACUGCCACCUGGCCUACCUCUUCAGCUGGCUGCACCAGUACACCGACCGGCUGCUGAACAUCCAGACCUUCUGCGCGGGCCCUGCCUACCUCAAGGGCCAGGUGGUGCCUGCGCUGACGGAGGAGCAGCUGGUGUGCCCUGUCACCCGGGACCGCGUGGGCUUCCAGGCCCCGGGGCUGGAUGACCGGGAGCCAGGGGGCAGCUGGGAUCUAGUGGCGGAGGACAGGGCAGCCCGGAGCCGGUGCACCUACAGCAACCCUGAGGGCACAGUGGUGCUGGCCUGUGACGAGGCCCGGUGCCGCUGGCUGAACAUCCAGCUGUCUCCUAGGCAGGGUACGGGCCCUCAGGGACUGGAGUACAAUGCCAGCGGGCAGUGGGACCUCAGGUCAAGCUGUGGCUCUGUGCGGGUCACUAUGUCUGUGGUGGCCCUGCCAGCAGUGCCCUAGAAGCAGGACACAGGAGUCCAGGAAGGUGGCCUCUGGGACCUGGCCAGCGUGGGUGGGGAUGGGGGCCAGUGGGAGCUGAGUCUUUGAAGCUUCUGGAUUUUAUCUCUGAGGUGGGGGAGGGUCAGGCCUGCUCCUCCUAUGGCCUCUCCCCCUCCUCUCCUCUUCAUCCCUCUCAGAGCCAUCCUUACAGUGAGCAAAGCCCUCUGGAGAAUAAAAUGCCCCCCAGCCCCGA